AUGACGAGCAAAUUCGGCCGCCCUUUCCGCCGAAGCCCAGGCAUUUCAAGAUCGAGGUCGAGGUUUCUCGCUUUAGGAAGUACAGACUCAGUAUGCGAGUCUAAUACACAGCGUCAGAGCGAAGAGGAACGUAAGGAACAGAUUCCCCUGGAUUCAGUCGGAGAAAAUGCAGCGCCAUCAGAAAGCCCACCGCAGGAUGCCACUCGGGAGCUGGCUAAGGAACCGCCAGUCGCAUCAGCCUGGAAGCGCGCUGCUCUUAUGAUCGGCCUAGCCCUCGCGAUACUUUGUAUGGCCCUGGACAACACCAUCCUAGCCACUGCAAUUCCGAAGAUUACGGAGGAGUUCACGUCCGGGAAGGAUAUGGGAUGGUAUGUUAGUGCCUAUAUGCUAGCGCAAUGCAGCAUGACCCUGGUCUAUGGGAAGCUGUUUACCUAUUACACCAUCAAAUGGGUCUACCUCUCGGCGCUUGUUCUGUUCGAGGUAGGAUCUCUGAUAUGCGGCGCCGCACCGAGCUCGAUGACCCUUAUUAUCGGACGUGCAGUGGCCGGAAUCGGAGGAUCUGGAUUAUUUGUGGGUUGUUUUAUCAUCGUCUCUGUAAUAACCCCUGUGGAGAAACGCCCAUUGUUAAACGGGAUACUGUCCAGCUUCUACGCGAUAGCUGGGGUGUUUGGGCCCCUGUUAGGAGGUGUUCUAACCGAUUACGCGAGCUGGAGGUGGUGCUUCUAUAUUAAUUUGCCUCUUGGGGCUGUGACCGGGUUCUCUAUACUUCUCGUCUUCCAGGCGCAGAAGCCAACAAAAAGCCCAUCAAGCGCAGUCAAACAACUACUGGAACUUGAUAUUGUGGGACUUGUCCUCUGUAUUCCAGGCCUUAUCUCCCUGCUACUUGUGCUCCAGUGGGGAGGUGCUGAGUAUCCGUGGAGCAACUGGCGCAUUAUCUUGCUGCUUGCCGUAUUUGGGGCCUUGAUGCUGGCAUUUGCUGCUGUCCAGUACUGGCAGCAAGACAGAGCUACGAUACCCCCCGGAUUGAUCGCGAGUCGGGAUGUCUGGGGUCCAGUAAUAUUUGCCUUUUGCCUUACGGGGUCCGUGGUCGUUUUCAGUUAUUAUCUACCAAUCUGGUUCCAAAGCGUUAAAGGCGCCUCUGCAACGAUGUCCGGCGUCAUGAACAUACCUCUCAUUCUAGCAGUUGCUGUCACCUCCAUGCUGGCAGGCUGGGCCGUUUCCUCCGUGGGAUAUUACACUCCGUUCAUGUACGCCACGCCAUUGAUAGCCUCGAUAGGAGCCGGAAUGUUGUCAACCUUGAGAAUAAAUUCCGGUCCUUCCGCCUGGAUAGGGUUCCAAGCGCUCUACGGAAUCGGCGCGGGAGUCGGAUUUGGGCUGCCGGUGGUUGUGGUCCAGGUUACACUCCCGGCAGAGAAGAUACCAAGCGGAACUGCUAUAGUCACGUUCACUCAAAGCCUAGCCGGCGCUCUGUUCAACUUCGUUGCGCAAAGCGUUUUCCAAACCCGGCUGCUGCGCGCUCUAGCCGAAGAAGCGCCUAGCCUGGAUGCAGCGAGGAUCAUGGAGUCUGGAGCCAGUAUGAUUCGGCACCUGGUUGAGCCUGAUAUGUUGCCUGCUGUCUUGCGGGCUUAUAAUACUGCGGUGAUGCGUGCAUUUAUUGUUGCUGCGGCUCUGGCUGCUGGAAGUGUAUUGGGUGUGCUGUCUUUGCGAUGGGUGAAUGUUAAAGGGAGGAAGAAGAAUGAGACAGCUCCUGCCUAG